GCAUUCCGCUGCUAUAUAAGUCUCGGCGGUUGCCUCACGCACGUCAGUCAGUUGGGGGAAAAGUGGUGCUGAGUGGGAGAGAUCUGUGCCGCCGCCAUCAUGAGGGAGAUCGUGCACCUGCAGGCCGGGCAGUGCGGGAACCAGAUCGGGGCCAAGUUCUGGGAGGUGAUCAGCGACGAACAUGGCAUCGACCCAACCGGUACCUACCACGGCGACAGCGACCUGCAGCUGGAGCGCAUUAACGUCUACUACAACGAGGCCACAGGUGGCAAGUACGUGCCCCGCGCCGUGCUGGUGGACCUGGAGCCCGGCACCAUGGACUCGGUGCGCUCCGGGCCCUUCGGGCAGAUAUUCAGGCCGGACAACUUCGUGUUCGGUCAGAGCGGAGCAGGAAACAACUGGGCAAAGGGCCAUUAUACGGAAGGUGCUGAAUUAGUUGAUUCUGUGUUAGAUGUUGUAAGAAAGGAGGCAGAAAGCUGUGAUUGUCUCCAGGGCUUUCAGCUUACUCACUCCCUCGGUGGUGGUACAGGCUCUGGCAUGGGUACCCUCCUCAUCAGCAAAAUUCGUGAAGAGUACCCAGACCGAAUUAUGAAUACUUUCAGUGUUGUGCCCUCCCCUAAAGUGUCAGAUACUGUAGUAGAGCCCUACAAUGCCACCCUCUCGGUGCACCAGCUUGUGGAGAACACAGAUGAAACAUACUGUAUUGAUAAUGAAGCCCUCUACGACAUAUGCUUCAGAACACUGAAGUUAACCACUCCAACGUACGGUGAUCUGAACCAUUUAGUGUCGGCGACCAUGAGCGGUGUCACCACCUGCCUGCGAUUCCCAGGCCAGCUUAACGCCGACCUGCGGAAGCUGGCGGUGAACAUGGUUCCCUUCCCCCGUUUGCACUUUUUCAUGCCUGGUUUUGCCCCGCUCACGAGCCGUGGGAGCCAGCAGUACCGUGCUUUAACCGUGCCAGAGCUCACGCAGCAAAUGUUUGAUGCAAAGAAUAUGAUGGCUGCGUGUGACCCACGUCACGGCCGCUAUCUGACCGUAGCUGCUGUUUUUAGAGGCCGUAUGUCAAUGAAAGAGGUUGAUGAGCAAAUGCUGAACGUUCAGAACAAAAACAGCAGCUAUUUUGUUGAAUGGAUUCCUAAUAACGUUAAAACGGCGGUCUGUGACAUUCCACCUCGUGGCCUGAAAAUGUCUGCCACCUUCAUUGGUAACAGCACGGCCAUCCAGGAGCUGUUCAAACGCAUUUCCGAGCAGUUCACGGCCAUGUUCCGCCGGAAGGCUUUCCUGCACUGGUACACUGGCGAGGGCAUGGACGAGAUGGAGUUCACAGAGGCCGAGAGCAACAUGAACGACCUGGUGUCUGAGUAUCAGCAGUACCAGGAUGCUACAGCUGAGGAGGAGGGGGAGUUUGAGGAGGAGGCUGAGGAAGAGGCAGAGUAAAAAGCUAUGCAGAUGAACACCUGUAAAUUUUGUUUAAAGCUGUAUGAACUCUUUCAUUCAAAACUUCUCUGUCUGUGUUGUGUUCCUCUUCCUGUCUCAAAGUCACUUCAAAUGCUGUACAGGCACCAUUAAAGCAUUUUUCACAGUGCACAA